ACCUCUCUCCUCUUUGCCCCAGUUGCAAAUUCUGGGAUUUUGGUUCAUUUCAGAGCUAUGGAUGGAGUCUUGGUUGAAGAUGGUUUCCCAGCUGAUCGUCUUUUCAACCAGGGUUAUUCGUAUACCUAUGAUGAUGUUAUCUUCCUCCCUCACUACAUUGAUUUCCCAACUGACUCAGUCAAUCUAAGCACAAAACUGACAAAAAAUAUUGACCUUUAUAUUCCUUGUGUUUCUUCUCCAAUGGAUACUGUGACUGAAUCCUCCAUGGCAGUUGCAAUGGCUGCUCUGGGUGGCAUUGGCAUCAUUCACUACAAUAACCUUCCUCUUGAACAAGCAGCAUUAAUCAGAUCUGCCAAGUCACGUCGGAUUCCGUUCAUCUCAGACCCAAUUUUUAUGUCACCUUCUGACUCAAUUGCUUCCAUUGAUGAGUUUGUAUCUUCACCAUGUGUUUUUAUUACUGAGUCAGGGAAUUCAAAAUCAAAGCUGUUAGGUGUAGUUGCAAAAUCUGAUUGGGAGAGCUUAACUGAAAAAGAAUCUCCAGUUUCUGAUUACAUGUUGGGCUCAUCGUUUUCAGCUCCUUCAAAAUAUACAUUUGAGCAAGCUGCAGCAUAUUUAGCAGCAAAAAAACUUGAUUAUGUACCUUUAUUGAGUGAACCAGAUGGUGAGAUUGUGGAUUUGUUUACAACAGCUGAUGUGGAAAGAGUUCGUGGGUAUCCAAAAUUAGGGCUUCCUUCAUUGGGACCAGAUGGGGAUUUCAUGGUGGGUGCAGCAAUGGGGACGAGAGAACAAGAUAAGGAGAGGUUGGAACAUCUUGUUAAGGCUGGGGCGAAUGUGGUUGUGCUGGAUAGUUCCCAGGGAAACUCGAUUUAUCAAAUAGAGAUGAUCAAAUAUGUGAAGAGGACGUAUCCUGAGUUAGAUGUCAUCGCUGGUAAUGUUGUAACAGCUUAUCAGGCUCAAAAUCUGAUCCAGGCUGGGGCUGAUGCUUUGAGGGUAGGGAUGGGUUCUGGCUCCAUUUGCACCACUCAGGAAGUCUGUGCUGUGGGGCGUGGUCAGGCAACAGCUGUUUACAAAGUUUCAUCCAUUGCUGAGCAAAGUGGUGUGCCUGUCAUUGCGGAUGGAGGUAUUGCAAACUCUGGACAUAUUGUCAAGGCUUUGGUGUUGGGAGCCUCUACUGUUAUGAUGGGAAGUUUCUUAUCUGGAAGCAAUGAGGCUCCUGGGGCUUACGAAUAUCAGGGUGGUCGUCGAAUUAAGAAGUACAGAGGUAUGGGCUCCCUUGAAGCCAUGACAAAGGGAAGUGAUGCUCGGUACCUGGGGGAUACAUCUAAGCUAAAGGUGGCUCAGGGAGUUGUAGGAGCUGUAGCGGAUAAAGGUUCUGUAUUGAAGUUUAUUCCCUAUACAAUGCAAGCUGUCAAGCAAGGAUUACAGGAUCUUGGUGCACCCUCUCUGCAGUCUGCUCACAACCUUCUAAAAACUAGUGUGUUGAGGCUGGAGGUGAGGACAGGAGCAGCACAAGCUGAAGGUGGGGUUCAUGAUUUGGCUUUCUAUGAAAAGAAAGCAUUCUGAGAUUUGAAAGGUGUCACAUUCAUGCCUGCUUAUUGUUGGAUAAUCAUGCUCUUGAAUUUGUAGUAAACGUUUAGAGCGGCAACAUCAGACAAUCCACAUUCAAAAUGAGAAUUAUAUCAGAUGUAGUGGAAUCAUAUACUGAUCCAUAAAACUUGUCUGCAUUAAUGAGUUAAGAGUUUGUGUUUGGGCUAAGAUUUUUCUUCCUGGUCAACAUGUAUGUCAAAAUUAUGCCCAUGAUGGAUUGAAUUUUCUGCCAAUGAUUGAAAUAUUUGGCC